AUGGCAUACGUCCCACCCGCUCUUCGGCGCAAGAAGCAAGAAGCCGGGGCCGACUGUGGCACCAGCGACGUUGGCAACAAGCCUGCCUCUGUCGCCGAAAACAUGGAGGCCCCGACGGAGCGGCUCCCUCGCGCUGACGAUGUGCACGAAUACUAUUGGCCUCCGGUGGAGCUCGACGCCGGCGAAGGCAUGCGUUCGACCGUUCACAGCACCCUCAACUCCUCCACCUCUGAGCCGGACAAGUUGAAGUACAUCAUGCUUUUCCAGGAAGCCAACCCCCGCUGGGAGACGGACCACCUCAUCUAUAUGUCAAGACGAACCUGCAUUACCUCCCCGGAAGCGAGAAGUUUGCCAAGGAAAGGCCGCGUCGAGGAUUCAGUUGAGCCUGCUCCGCCGCUGUCGUCUGACGAGCCCUAUAGCCCCACUCACACGCCGGAUCUGACUGACUAUCUGCUGGAACCUAUCGCCAUCUUCGAGCAGGCCGGCAGCCGGAACGGUGGCUUCCGCUUCAUCGGCUACCAUAAGAUCAUCCGCUUGCAGUUUCUCGAGCCCAGAAGCGCCGAUCUGAUGCGCAUGUUGGAGCAGAAGUUCAGCGUCACCAACAAGUUUGGUCGCGUGUCCCAACAGCACCGUAGCCCCGCGUCUUGGAAGGCAAGUCUCGAGCAUAGAUGGGCAGUCAUGAAGCUGGAGAAGCACGAGGCGGCGGACAAGAGCUUGCCUGCCCCGGAUGUCAAGGUAAAUGACGAGAGGGAGAGAGGAAACAAGCAAAAGAAGCAUGCCUCACAGAAGAGCGUCAACGAGUUGCUGAAGGAGAUGAGACUGGGCAAGUCGGAGACUGAAGCCGCAGCCGAGGAACCGCAACUGCUGGCUUCAGAGUGA